CCUCACUGCCCCUUUUUUUGUUCUUUGCUCUUGCUGCUUUACUGCUUUGCUUCCCACUACCCAUUUCAACUUCAAUGGAUGAUCUUGAAUCCAAAACUCUAGUUCAUACAUAAAUUUUUACAGGUUUUGUUUGUAUUCUGAAUCAAUUUUCAAGCUCGUUUGAUAAUGUUAAUGGCUUCAAUUUCCCCCUCAAAUUUCACCCACACAUGUUUAAGCGAUAAGACUCCCAUUUCUCCCAACUUGCUUUUAUCUUCUUGCUCUGUAAAUUUCCAGUUCCAGCCUCACAAUUCUCAGUUGCGAAGAUGCGGGGCGGUUAGAACCAGUUCAGAAGGUCGCCGGAGCACGGAGCCUUACGGAGCGGAGUUGCUCAGGAAGCCGGUAAUUUCGCCUGCGCUAGAGGAGGAGGAGGAAGAAGAGGAUGGCGAGGACGAGAACGGUGGAGGUGAGGAUGAAGAAACAAUGAUUGAUUGGGAGGAGCAGAUUUUGCGGGACACUGUUCCUUUAGUUAAUUUUGUCAGGAUGAUUCUUCAUUCUGGAAAGUACAAAAGUGGGGAUAGGCUAAGUACUGAGCAUGAAAGAACGAUCGUAGAAAGGUUGCUUCCGUAUCAUCCAGAAUAUGAACUAAAGAUCGGAAGUGGAAUAGACUAUAUUACGGUCUCUGGCUCAUCCUUUCGAAAAUGAUGCUGAAAAUACUUAUUUAUCUUUGCUGUCUCUUUGACCAAUAUUAUUAACAUUUCACUUUACAAGUUGAUUUAUUCGGGGAUUUUUUUUAUUGUGGUUGACAGGUUGGCUAUCACCCAGAUUUUGAGAUGUCUAGAUGCUUAUUCAUAGUUCGAAAGGAUGGAGAAAUGGUUGAUUUUUCUUAUUGGAAAUGUAUAAAAGGCUUGAUCAGAAAAAACUAUCCAUUGUAUGCUGACACAUUUAUCUUUCAACAUUUUAAAAAGCCUAUCCGUAAGGACUUGAGGUAAAGUCCACUUCUAGAAACAUGCUGUAUGAAUACUUUCCUAUUUCUGGGCAUGUUUUUCCUCUUGUCUUGAGAUAUUUGUGUAUGUUAGUUAGAGGCGAUCAUUCGUAAUAUAAUGGAAAUUAUUAGAUCUCUUCUCUUUAUUUGGAAAUGGGCUUACGGAGCACUAUCUAGCUAUUUAGAGAGAUAGCACAGGUAGAACUCUGUUCGCAGUUCUCAUUGCGGAUUCUAUAUCAUGCUAGGAGAAAAUACUGACACCUUUCCAAUUCUCAUGUGGAGAUUUGUAUCUCAUCCAUGCCUUCAGAGUCUCACCACUUGUAGCAAUUGUCACUUUUCUUCUGCAUAGUUUGUUCCAAUGGGAAGAUGAAUAAUGGAUUCCUCCAUCUCCUGCAUAGGAAAUUUGAACCUGUUAAAGAUAGACUGUAGAAAAUCUGCAUGCGAAGUGCUAAAGUAAGGACUGCAUUUUCAUUUAUUGGUGUGAACGCCAUGUUAUUACUAAGCUAGAUGCUUAUAGUAACUUUUGAUUCACUUCUAACUGGUAAACUGCCUCUUUUGUUCUUUUAGUACUGUUUGUUUGCUCCUCCUAAUGUUAGU